GCCACAACAAGAGGAAAACGGAGAGAACAUGGAAGGCUUUAACUUGUAAAUUCAUAUCCACCAAUCAUCUAUCACCUAUCACCUAUCGCCCAUCAUCAAUCCAUCAAUCAAUCAAACAGCAAUUCAUCUGCUAGGGAUUGGACCUAUUUUCGAACCUUACCAACCCCAACUCACCUCGCGAUCCUUUCCUUUACUUAAUCAAUUGACAAUUGACACACUUGACCGCUCCUCCUACGCUUGACGCACUUCCCAAGAUGGGUCUCCUAAGCGGUUCAUCCGAGGCUCCUCCAAAUCGGAACAUGUCCAUAUUUCUAGAAGCCACGCGGGAGGAGAUGCGAGAUGCCAAAGUCCCCCUACCCUACCGAGACAGCUGCGCGAACCUCCUCAUCCCUCUCAACAGAUGCCGUUUCGAUACAUACUACCUCCCGUGGAAGUGUAACGAUGAGCGACAUAGUUACGAGAAGUGCCAGUACGACGAAUUCAAGAAGCGCGUAGCGAGGAUGAACGAGCUGAGGGAGGCCAAAGGCGGGGCGCGAAGCAAUUAGAUUCCAUCUGGAUACCUACCCAGUACCUAGGGGCCUAUAUUUAUUUCCCCGGUAUUGAUACAGCCAACGCGGUAGAAAUAAAGUCGUUACACGGCCAACUAAAUAAAUAGUAGGAGGUACCUAGAAAAUAUCCUCCGAGGCUUGAAUUAUGGAUCGUGGUUAAA